CUCAAGACUCACACAGUUCAUAUAUAGGUCUCGGAUACCUAUGUCUCGGCUGAUGGAAUCUUUCUCUGGGUUCACUCGUCUGACUCUCUAGACUCUGGCCGCGCUUUCUCCACAAUCGCCAGUGAAGCAUCAUCUUCUGACAGUGACAUCGCUUCUAUUUCUUUACUCGUACACCCUUGGACUUCGAACCGACUGCUCGAUCUAGUACUCGUAUGUCUGCUGUCGUCGACUUUGAGCAAACUACUGGACAGCCAGAUGUGCGACAUGAUACUCAGGCUGUUCGUGACACUGAGCCCAUCCCGCUCGUUAUUGUGGAAGGAUUCUUGGGUGGGAUAGGUCAGGUCGUUGGAGGGAAUUUCGAGUAUUACCUGAAUGGAGAGGGUAAGAUUGCGGAGAAUACGGGCAGGACGGUGAUAUUUGCUGGUGUUGGGCCUGUGAGCUCGUUACACGACAGAGCUUGUGAAUUGUUUUACCUAUUAAUUGGGGGACAAGUUGAUUAUGGUGCCACACACUCUUGUCUGCAUAAGCAUGCCCGCUAUGGACGUGCACACGAAGCAGGCCUCUACCCGGGUUGGUCUGCUGCACGGCCAUUACAUUUUCUGGGUCAUUCGAUCGGUGGCUUGACCAUCGUGAGAUUACAGCAUUUGCUGAGAGAACGGUUCUUUGGUCAGGAAUAUGGUCCCGACAUGCUCAAAUCACUAACUACGGUCUGCUCUCCAUUCCGCGGAACACAACUAGUCUACACCCUCGGCGAACGCACCGACGCCGCCCCCUCCGUCCGCCCCUUCUCCGUCGGCUCCGCUCUCACCAAGGGCAUCCACCUCCUCUGCUACCUCUCACCCCUCACAUCACCCCUCCUCGACCUCCGCGCCGAGUCGCGUGCGCUCUCGUUUCGGGAGUUGUCGCUGACUUCGCUGUUGAGACAGUUGUGGAGGAGCGAUUGGGCGGAGAGUAGGGAUGCGUUGCCGUUUGAUGUUACGUUUGAGGCGGCGGAUGAGAGGGAAGGGAGAGGUGAGGGAGGGUUGUGUGAGGGGACGUUUUAUAGGAGUUAUGUGGCGUGCAUGACGCAGAAAUCCAACUGGACGACAAACUCGCACACCCCUACUAUAAGCCACAUAAUCUCUGCACCACUCUACCUAACCUCUCGUAUAAUGGGUUCUUUCGACUUCUCCACCAUCCGUCCAAUACCAUCGUUUCUCCUCAGACAUGAAGCCGAUGUGUAUGAUACAUCCAAACAGAGCCCCGGCGCUGAUGUCGAGUGUGAUGCACAGACGUCAAAUACGGCCUCCACGUUGGGAGAAGAAUAUUGGGCGAACGAUGGUGUCGUGCCUGUAUUCUCCCAAUGGCAUCCUUUCCGCUGCCGAGACACGCAUUGCCUACACCACCCCACGCAGCCCAAAACCGCUCCAGAACCGCUAGUCCAACACCCCCCGUCACAACUCAAAACCACCACCAGCGCGACCACUCACUCUCCAAUCCCACCUCCCCCAAACUUGAAAUCACCCAACUCCGAACCAAGGCCCGGCAUCUGGAACGUCCACCACUUAGAGGGAACGACCCACGUCUCCAUCAUGCCUUUCUGGACUGGCUCUCGCCUCCAGAGAGAGUUCUGGUCUGAAUAUGGGGAUUGGUUGCGGAAUGUUGAGACGACGACUGCCCGGUGAUGGUGAUGAAUUGAAGGGGACCUUUUCACGUUUUACUUCAUACAGGGAGCCUGAGGAUGGAUUAUCGCAUCUCUAUCCGGGAAAAUUUGUCUGGAACACAUAUAUAUAUUUGUAUGCCUCGUUCACUUGUCUUUACAUACAUACGCUAUCG